AGCAAAGUAAAAAAAACACAUCCAAAUUUAGAAACCCUUCUCCCAGCUUCAAAGGCCCAAAACGGUCAUGCUAUCUUCCUUCCCUGCGCUUCGUUAUCGUCAACUUUUCCCUACACGACGCCCAUUGGUAGCACAAUCUACCUUUAUUGUUCUUCCAACAGUGAGUUACACUAGGAAAAGUUCGAGCGCCUCACUUCAAGGGUCCCAAAGCUUGAUUUCGACUACAAAGGUUGUAUUUCAAUAAAAAAGAAUGGCUAAUUGUACUGGUGUAACACUUCAGAUGUGACAUGGUGGUACCUUUACGAAGAAUAGCAGGGGAGAACUACUAUGUUCGGGGACAUUGCAGGUGCUUUGAUAUUGAUGCUGAUGAAUUGUGUUGGUUUUGGUUAGAGGGGUUAGCGAGAAAAUGUGUGGAAGGAAUGAGGGGAAAUGAACAGGGUUCGGUGGGUUUAGAAGAAAGGAAUUCAGCAACAGGUUUUGUCCCAAGUGAAGGAGUUAGGACACCUCACACAAACACUUCGGAAGUUCCAAGUGCCUUUUUUGAGGAAGAAUCACAGCAUGAUGCUGCAGAUGAAAAUAUGGAAGAGGAUGAAUCACAUGAACGUAUACAAGCCGAAUUCAAUGAUCAAGAUGAUCAUAACACUGAUGUGCAUGUUGAGGAUCGGAGGUCUCGCUAGUUGGAUCAGAGAAUGAUACUAGUGAUGAAUAGUUCAUAGAGUGCAGAAGAAAAGUGAGUGGUUCGAAUUCCAAGAUUCUAGAGAUAGCAAAGAAACCGUUGAGGGUCUUCUAGGUGAUAAGACACCAUUAAAAACAGCUUGUAGAAUCAAAUGGUCCGGGACAAAAAGAGUGUUUUAGUGAUUAUGAAGACUCUGAAAAUGACAUUCACACACCUUCUGAGAGUGAAAACGAUGGUACACCUUCUGAUUCAGCAUCUUCUCUCUCUCUCUCUCUC